ACGGGCUUUCAGCAGAGCGCCUGGCUCUCACCUCCCUGCUUGUUCCAGGUUUCCCUUAGUCCUGAGCUUUACUGAAGCCAUGCUUAAGCUCCGCUUACUGACGUGGGACGUGAAGGACACGCUGCUGCGGCUGCGGCAGCCGGUGGGGGAGAGUUACGCGGCCGAGGCCCGGGCUCACGGGGUCCGGGUGCAGCCGGAGGCUCUCAGCCGGUCAUUCCGGGAGGCAUACGGAGCACAGAGCCGGCUCUUCCCCAACUACGGCCGGGGCCGGGGGCUGAGCUCCCAGCAGUGGUGGGUGGACGUUGUGAAGCAGACCUUCAGGCUCUCGGGUGUGCAUGAAGACAGAGUCCUAACGCUGAUGGCGGAAAAACUCUACCACGACUUCUGCAGCGCCCGCAACUGGGAGGUGCUGCCGGGAGCCAGCGAGACCUUGAGCCGGUGCUGCCAGGAUGGCUUCCGCAUGGGGGUCGUCUCCAACUUCGAUAACCGGCUGGAAAACAUCCUCUCCCAGUGCAACCUGCGGCACCACUUUGAAUUCGUCCUCACCUCCGAGGAUGUGGGCUUCGCCAAGCCGGACAGGAGGAUCUUUGAGAAAGCCCUGCGCCUCGGCGGGGUCCCCCCGGAGCAGGCGGCUCACGUAGGGGACGACUACACCAGGGAUUACAGGGCAGCCCGAGCCGUGGGCAUGCACAGCUUUCUGCUCCGGGCUGCUGGGCCGGGCGAGGAGCUGGAUGUGCCCCCUGAGCAUGUCCUGCCCACGCUCAGCCACCUCCUGACUCUUAUUGAGAAGGGGUAGCUGUGUUUCGGAGGAGGAUCAGCGCUGCUGCUGAGUGGUGAACCGGUCCUGGCGUGGGAUUUCUUGCUGCCAGUUGGGCAGGGAAAAGAAGCGAGUGCUUCCGAGCGCAGGGAGCAGUGCUGCCCGCGGAGCAGGAGGGGUGUUAAUGCAAUAAAACGUA